CUCACCCAUUCAUUUCAUCUCCAUAAUAACCGAGGAGAGGGCCGGACAGGCUCGCGCGCAUACGGAGGAGCUCUGGGUUGCAUCUUCGCGAGAAAGACUCACUUUUUUCAGCUCCUCUAAACCUUAAGGGGGCCUUUUUUCCCUUUUUAAAAAAAAAACCUUUCACUCCUUUCUGGAAAACAUCUGAAUCGUUUUCUCGAAGCUAACCCAGCUGGGAGCGCGUGCUUGCGUGCGUGCGCGCGCGCGGAUGCGUGUGAGCGAGUGAGAGAGAGUGUGCGCUCCUAUGAGGAAGAAGGAGAGAGGCUGAGAGAGAGACAGAGACAGAGAGUAUCUGCUUCCUUUACGGCUCCGAAAAGGAAAAGGAGAAAGGACAGAGAGAGAGAGAGAGCGAGAGAGAGAGAGAGAGAGAGGUGGGGAGAGAGUGAGAGAGAGAGCGAGAGAGAGAGAGAGAGAGGGAGAGAGAGGGAGGAAAAAAAGUUUUGGACGCGGUUUUCUGUUUCUUCCACGUACAGUUUUUUUUAGGAAUGAACGCUGAGACGUGUGUCUCAUACUGCGACAUGAGCUCCAUGGAGCCGUACUACGGGCCGCAGGCUCCCCGCGAGCAGCACGCAAACCCGUUCAGGACGUUCCCGGCGGCCGAGGCCAAGUACAGCCCCGCGUUCCCGGGCGCCAAAGCGCAGGCCCGCAGCCCCUUCCAGCAGCAGCAGCAGCAAGAGUGCCAGCCCAGCGUGGACGGGGAAGGCACCUUUAACAAAUACCACCUCUUCAUGCAGAGGGCCGCGUGCAAAACACCCCCAGAGGGCGGCAAGGGGCACCAGGAGAGCGGACACAACGGAGGAGGAGGACUGCUCUCCUGUUACGGUAAAGACAGCACAGGGCUAACAGAAUCUGAGUUGCCCCCGAACACUGACCCCGCAGGGAUGGAUGGCAGCUACCUCAGUGUGAAGGAACCAGGAGCGAAGGGUCCUCAGGAGAGGCCAAGUUCUGAGCUGGCCUCCCCACUGGACAAGGGCGAAGGUGAGAGCAACAAGGGCAAGAAGAGACGCAACCGCACCACCUUCACAAGCUACCAGCUUGAAGAGCUGGAGAAAGUCUUCCAAAAGACACACUACCCUGAUGUGUAUGCCCGAGAGCAGCUGGCACUGAGGACUGACCUCACAGAGGCACGAGUGCAGGUAUGGUUCCAAAACCGCAGAGCCAAGUGGAGGAAGCGAGAACGUUUUGGGCAGAUGCAGCAGGUCCGAACGCACUUCUCUACAGCCUACGAGCUUCCACUUCUCACUCGACCUGAGAACUACGCUCAGAUCCAGAAUCCCUCAUGGAUAGGGAGCAGCAGUGCAGCAUCGCCCGUGCCAGGCUGCGUUGUGCCCUGUGACUCAGUCACUUCCUGCAUGACCCCUCAUCCUCAUGCCGCAAGCGGAGUGUCCGACUUCCUCGGAGUGCCCAGUCCUGGAGGUCAUAUGGGACAGAGCCACAUGGGCAGCCUGUUUGGAAGUCCAGGAAUGAGCACUGGCAUAAAUGGUUAUGAUCUUAACAUGGACCCUGACAGAAAGUCAUCCAGCAUUGCCACCCUGCGAAUGAAAGCCAAAGAACACAGUGCAGCCAUCUCCUGGGCUACAUGAUUCCCCAGCAGCCACAGCACAUUAUCUCUGAACUUCCCUUAACAACCUAGUAACAGAAAGAAGGCAGUGCGAAGAGAGCAAGAACAAGAGUCUGUGUGUGAAAAUCGUCUAACCACCCAGCGCCACGUGUGGAGAGAGUGGACCGGCUGGAGAAAAGAAAGUUGACACACAAACCCUGUGAACUUAACCUCUUGAGGAAAAACAGAGAGAGAUGGGGGAAAUCAGAGAUGAUUGGUCUUAGAAAUGAAGUUGUGGUAAUUCAAAGGAUGUGGUGUUGCUCUACGAGAGACAGCAAAGGAGAUGGUGUAAGAUGGGAGAAAAGUAUGCAUUUGAACAAGCAUCAAAUUCUAAAAAUUCAAACCCUGCACUUAUCAUCUAAAUACGUAGGCCCUAUUUGUAAAGACGGUGUUGGUGUACAGAAAUAAGAAUGUUUUACAGACAGGCUAAAACUUGUUCUGUCACAGAAUCAUUUUUGGAAACGUGCCCAAAUCCAGCCCAAGAACUGUCAGUAACACAUACAUACGCUUUUGCAGAACAGCUGCUUGCAUUUUAAGAAAUGAGAAAUAUGAAAUGAGCUAGCCGCAAGACUAGCCUCCUUCCCUUUUUCACUGUUUCAGCAAAGCAGCUAAAAAAAUCUGGCUCUGCAUGACAGACUAAUGCUCUCUACAUUGCACUUCAGAAUUCUAAUUUGUUGUUCGAAACCUAAUACGAGCCUGUAUGUUAGCAGCGCAGUGCCACGGUCUGGAUGGAACGGGAAAGUUUAGCAAGUUUAGCAAGAGCGUGUACUAUCUGAGAGAGUAGCACAGCAGGCCUGCUGAGUCUGGGGCCACAGGGCCUGAGAGCGCCAGACAUAGAGGAGGAGGCGCUGAUUUAAAGUGGCCACGCCAUUGGCAUUUCUACAGGUAAC